AUGGGCGUGAAACAGAAACACGAAUUCCACAUCUCCGAACUCAACGAAAAACAAAAAGCAAAAAUCCGGGAGCUAAGGGAACGACUACAGCCGGAACUCGAGAAAUACCCAGAGUACGACACUGAACUAUCUUUGCUACGGUGGCUUGAAGGAUGGGAUUACGAUAUUGAAGCGAUCCUCCCGAAAGCGCGAUGGGCUCUCACCGUUUUCCACAACCUUGAUUUUCAUAAUUUCAAAGUCGAAACAAUUGAUGACAUCCACCACUAUGCUUGCCGCAAGAGCGAAGCUGUGGAAUAUUUUCCAGGUGGACUUUUUGGGAUCGACAAGGAAGGAGAUGUAGUAUACUGCCAACCCCUCGCGAAAGCGGAUCCCCGUGGACUUAUCAGGUCCGACUCGGUCUCCCAGGUGUUCAAGCUGGAAUUGGCAAUGAUUGAGGGGGCAUUUAAACUGGUCAGAAACCAAGAAGCCAAAACGGGAAAGAAAUCGGGUAUGAAGAUUAUUAUGGACCUAGAGGGCUUUUCCUACUCCGAGCAUAUUUAUAUGCCCUCAAUUAAAGAGUACCUUAAAUUGUUGUCGCUGGUUCAGGCAGUGUUUCCGGAUUUUUUGAAGAGACUGUGGGUGGUCAAUCCGCCAGCAACAAUGUCUGUGGUUUACAACAUUAUCAAGCCCGUCUUGGCCAAGCAAACCCAAGAAAAAAUUCAAAUUCUAGGCAAAGAUUGGAAGGAAAUUCUGGUUAACACUUGCGGCGCUGAAAAUUUGUACCCCCAAUGGGGUGGCACAAAGCAAGCGGAUUCUCCAUUUGGAACAGUUCGACGUGGAGGAAAAGUGCCGGAAAAGCUACAUUAUUCUCCUAGCAACAAUUCGUUUGAUGAUGAGCUCCAGAUGCAGACGCUCAAUGUUGCUUCCCGCCAAAAGAUUGAUGUGAAAGUCCAUGCAAAGAAGGGCCAAGAAAUCCAUUGGCUUUUCCGUGUUGGUUCGAAGGAUAUUGAUUUUUCGGUCCGUUUCGAUGAUCGAGAGGUCUACCCAGUCUUUCGUGUCUCCACCGAGUUUGUACCCGAAAUGAAUUACAUGACCGCUCGUGAAACUGGGGAAUAUGCAUUGACCUUUGACAAUUCUCAUGCUAUGAUGUGGGGCAAGGAGAUCAAAUACCGCGUAGAAGUGAGGGAUGCUCUCCAAAAU